AUGGGUAGAUUAAUAGGAUUAGAACUAUUCAAUUUCAAGUCUUAUAAGGGCAAAUCCAUUAUUGGAUUUGGCUCCUCGUACUUUACAUCAAUCAUAGGACCUAAUGGGGCUGGUAAAUCAAACAUGAUGGAUGCCAUUUCCUUUGUUUUGGGGGUUAAUUCUUAUCAUUUAAGAUCUCAGAAUUUGAAGGAUUUGAUUUACAGAGGAAGAAGAAAUAUUGACACUGAUAGUACUACAUUAGAUGCAAUUGAACAGGAUCCCACCAGUGCUUACGUUAUGGCGACUUACGAAAAGGAUGAUGGAGAAAUUUUGAAAUUAAAGAGAACCAUUACCGCUUCUGGAAAUAGUGAUUAUCAAAUAAAUGGUCAAUCAGUGACAAUGUUGAAUUAUAGUAUGGUUCUAAAACAGGAAAAUAUUUUGAUCAAAGCAAGAAACUUUCUUGUUUUCCAAGGUGAUGUAGAAACGAUUGCAUCUCAGAAUCCAAAAGAUUUGACCAAAUUGAUUGAAACCAUUAGUGGCUCGAAUGAAUACAUAAAUGAAUAUGAAAGAUUGAAAGAAGAACACGAAAAAGCCCACGAGUUGACUACUUCGGUUUUCUCAAGAAAGAGAACCCUUAAUUCCGAGUCGAAACAAUAUAAAGAGCAAAUGGCUGAACAACGUCAAUUUGAAGAGAAAAUUAUUACCAAAAAUGAUACUGUCAAAAAGAUCAAUUUGUAUAAGCUUUUCCAUAAUGAAAAGAAACACAAUCAAUUAAAAGAUGAAAUUAAAUCAAAAAACGAGGAGUUGAAACUUGCUAAGAAAGAGUUAUCGAAUAAGGAGAAAACAUACAAAUCCAUAAUGACAGAUUACUCAAGCAGUGUUUUGAAUGCCAAAAAGCAAAAGCAACAAACAGAGGCAGCUCAACAGAAAAUCGACUCAACGAAACGUGAAUUAAUUCCAGUUGAAGCUAACCAGAGAUCAUUAUCGAAUAAAAUCAAUUUCCAUAAACUUAAGGUUGGUGACUUGGUAAAGGAUAUUGCUAGACAAAAGACGCAAGUUUCCUCAGUGGAAAGACAAUUGAGAGAUGCUCAAAGAAUGUUUGAUGAUUUUCAAGCAAAAAUAGCUGCAGCUGUUGCAUCAUCUACGAAUAUUUCACCAGAGGCCCAGAAAGAGUAUGAAGAGUUGAGGUCUAAGUUUUUAGCAGAGAAUGGAUCAGAACUAGAAGAGCAGAUUUCGUUGUUGUUGAACAAUAAGGAUAGUUUGAACUCAGCAAAGUCAAAUCUUGAGAACCAGAAAACUAAUGCUGAAAAUAGAAUUGCGGAAUUGGAAUCCAUUGUAGCCACUGACUUGAAAUCGAAAUUACACGAUGUUUCCAAUGAAAUCAAUGAAGUGCUUGACAAAAAAAGUGACAAAGUGGAAGCACGAAAUGCUCUUAUUAAACAGAAAGAUGAAUUCAACCACGAAGAACUAAAAUUAAACACUAGGUUGAGAGAUGUCUUAGUUAAGCUCGACGAGUUAGCUUCCCAACAGAGAGAAUCAAACAAACAAAAAAAGUUGAGAGAGAAUGUUGCUACAUUGAAGAGACUUUUCCCACAAGGUGCGAUUAAAGGUCUUGUAUACGAAUUAGUUCGUCCCACUCAACAAAAGUAUGAGUCAGCUUUGGCAACGUUGUUAGGACCAAACUUUGACAGUAUUAUUGUUGAAUCAUCUGCAGUUGCGUAUAAAUGUAUUGAUAUUUUGAAAGAGAGAAGAGCAGGUGUUGCUACGUUUAUUCCUUUGGAUUCAAUAGAAACUGAUAUAAUCAAUUUAAGUCACCUCAGAUCCAUUCAUCCUUCGGCAUUACCUGGUGUUGAUAUUAUUGAGUACCAAGAUAAAUCUUUGGAACCAGCAGUUAAUUAUAUUAUUGGGAACACAGUUGUUGUCGAUACUAUUGACACAGCAAGAAAUUUGAAAUGGCAAUCCAAUACCCGUUUUGACAACAAAAUUGUAACAUUACAAGGAUCAGUGAUUCACAAAUCUGGUUUAAUGACCGGUGGUCAACAGCAACAGAAAUCAUCAGCAAGUUUAAGUUGGAGUAAACAAGAAUGGACUAAAUUAAACGAAUUGAAAGAAGAGUUGAAUCAAAAAAUUUUCAAAUUACAAGAAAAAAGACCAAAAGAUUUAGAGAUUAAUUUAUUAGCAGAAGAAAUAGGAGCACUAGAUGACAAGUUGCCAGUGUUGCGUAAUCAAAAGACCAGUAUUGAACGAAUUAUCAAAGAUAGAGAAUCUGAAAUUGAAUUCCAAACUGGGUUAUUUAAAGGGUUUGAUAAAUCCAUACAAGAGAAGAUGAAUGAAAUAACUAAGAUAAAUGGGAAAAUCGACAAAGUUAAUGAAAAAAUGAAAUCAAGCAAGGAUUUGAUAUUUGCUGAAUUUUGUGAAAAAUAUGGUUUUAUUAAUGGUAUUGAAGAUUAUGAAAACAUGCAUGGAAGCACAUUAAGAGUGAGAGCAAAAGAAAGAGCUCAAUUCUCUAAAACCAUUUCCGUUUUACAAAACAAAUUGGAUUUCGAAAAAGAAAGAUUGAAAGAAACCAAAGAUCGAAGAAAAAGUAUUGAAAGUUUGAUUGUUGAUUUAGAAGAUGAUUUAGCAAAAGUAUUAACAGAAAAGAAGAAAUUAGAAGAAUCUUUGGAUAAAGAAGAGGCUGAAUAUGAAGUGUUGCAAACUGAAAUAUCUCAAUUUGAUGAUCUGAUGCAAUCUCAAUUGAAAACAUCGAAGUCUAUUGAAAGCGAUCUUGACGAUAGUAAACUGCUAGUUUCCACUUUGGUUAAGGAGAUUACUCAAAUAGAGGAAAACUUAUUGAAAACAGAUUCUGAAAGAGCAAAUGUUUUAAGGAAUUGUAAAAUUCAAAAUAUCAAUUUGCCGUUGAUUGAUGGGGAUUUGGAUAGUAUUUCAGUAGGUGAAAACUUGGAAAGCUCCAUAAAGGAAGUCUAUAAAAUAGAACUUGAUUAUGAAAUGCUAGAAGAGAGAUUUAAGGAAGUUUUUAACAAUAAACUCGAGAGUGAAUUAGAAGUCACAUUACAAAAUACCAUUAGUGACUUGGAAAAAUUGACACCUAAUGCUAAAGCCAUAGAAAGAUUGCGUGAAGUUGAAACUAAGUUACGAAAUUACGAUAAAGAAUAUAACGUUGCCAGACAAAAAGAGCGACAAGUAAUCGAACGUUUCAAAAAAGUGCAAGAGAAACGUUAUGAUAAAUUUAUGGAUGCAUUUAAUCACAUUUCUGGUUGUAUUGAUUCAAUCUAUAAAGAGUUAACCAAAUCUGCCAUGUCACCAUUAGGUGGGUCAGCAUACUUGACGUUGGAGGAUGAAGAUCUGCCAUUUUUGUCGGGUAUAAAAUACCAUGCUAUGCCACCAAUGAAACGAUUCAGAGAUAUGGAAUUGUUAUCCGGGGGUGAGAAAACUAUGGCGGCCUUGGCACUUUUAUUUGCUAUUCAUUCCUAUCAACCUUCACCAUUUUUUGUUCUUGAUGAAAUUGAUGCUGCUUUAGAUAACGCCAAUGUUGCUAGAAUUGGAAAUUAUAUCAAGAAAUAUGCUGGGCCUAAUUUUCAAUUUAUUGUUAUAUCUUUGAAAAAUUCUUUAUUUGAAAAAUCAGAUGCGUUGGUAGGUAUUUAUCGUGAACAAAGAGAAAACAGUUCCAAGACUGUAACUUUGGAUCUUAGAGAAUAUCCAGAUGAUGAUGUUCCUUUGAGUACUGUCACUGCCACUACAUAG